UUUUAAUUAAUUAGUUAAUCAAAAAGACAAAAACCCAGAAAGAGACUUUCACUCUCUCUCUCUCUCUCUCUCUCUCUCUCUCUCUCUCCUCUCAGAGACUCUCUCUCUAAAACCCACAGGGCUGCCUAAUGCCAACCGCAAUGACCUUCUCUCCUUAUACAUGAAGAAAAUGCUUUAGCUCAAUAACGUUCAUGGGGGCUGGUUCCUCUAUGUCUUCAAAGGAUACCAGUAGAUCAGGUUCUCCCGAUCAUCCUCCGGAUCAAACUAAGCCGGGUCUCAGAGACCUACCUGAAAGUUGUAUCUCUUACAUUCUUUUGUAUUUGGAUCCGCCGGAGAUCUGUAAACUUGCGCAGGUGAAUAGGGUUUUCCGGGCUGCUUCAUCUACUGAUUUUGUCUGGCAAUCAAAGCUCCCAUCAAACUAUAAGUUUCUAGUCGAAAAAUCAUUAAUCCUCGGCGCACAUAAUAGUAACCGUAUUCCGAAGAAAGAUAUAUACGCAAGAUUGUGUCUGCCAAAUCGUUUUGACAAUGGCACCAAGGAAGUUUGGUUGGACAAAAGUUGUGGAUCACAUCCACAGGUUUGUUUGUCCAUCUCAUCAAAGGCAUUGCGGAUAACAGGAAUAGAUGAUCGAAGAUAUUGGAGUAAUAUUCCAACUGAGGAAUCGAGGUUUAACAGAGUUGCAUAUCUUAAACAAAUCUGGUGGCUUGAAGCACAAGGGGAACUAGAGUUCGAGUUUCCACCGGGAAACUAUAGCCUAUAUUUUCGGCUUCAGCUUGGCAGGACUUGUCCAGGAAGAUUCGGCCGACGAGUAUGCAACACUGAUCAAGUGCAUGGCUGGGACAUUAAGCCCGUCCGAUUCCACUUAUCAACGUCGGACGGCCAGCACGCUUUAUCCGAGUGUUAUUUGCAUGAACGAUGCAGCUGGGUUCACUACCAUGUUGGUGAUUUCGUCAGCAACAGUCCUAAGCCGAUGAAGAUCAAAUUUUCAGUGACCCAAAUUGAUUGUACACACACCAAAGGUGGCCUCUGCUUAGACUCCGUGUUAAUAUGCCCAACCAAGUUUAGGAAAAGUUAAUGAAAUGUAGUCUAUAACAUUAUAUAAGCAGCUAACCUCUAACCAAAACCACGCAAUAUGUCAUAUUUAGUAUCUAUAUAUGUAAUUCAAAUGU